CGCCCGGUGCGGCGGCGGCGGGCGGAGCCGGCGUGCGGGCGCGGCCCUGCUCCCUGCGGCUCUCGGCGGUGCGGGCUGGGCCGGCCGGCAGGGCCCCCGCAGCCCCGGCAUGGGCGCCCGCGGGCCGGCGGCGGCGGGGGGAGGCGGCGGCGGCGGCGGCGGCGGGGGCCGCUGACCGCGCCGGGGCUGCGGGAGGAGCCGGCGGGCGGCGCGGCAGGGCCGGGACGGCGCGGCAGCCCCGGCCGCGGAUUGUGACCGUGGUUGGAGCUGCCCCCCUGCCCUGCUGAGCGCACAUGUCCGCCUGCCCAUGCCCAGAAGAUGACCAGGCUGCUCUUGGGGGUGACCCUGGAAAGGAUUUGCAAGGCUGUGCUGCUGCUCUGCCUGCUCCACUUUGUCAUCAUCAUGAUCCUCUACUUUGAUGUCUACGCGCAGCACCUGGACUUCUUCAGCCGCUUCAACGCUAGGAACGCCUCGCGUGCGCACCCCUUCUCCAACUCCUCCCGGCCCAACAGCACUGCCCCCAGCUAUGGGCCUGCCGGCGCUGAGCCCCUGUCCCCCAGCACCAAGCCCAGCAGCAACCAGUCCGUCACAGAGAAGCCCUUACAGCCCUGCCAGGAGAUGCCUCCUGGCUUAGUUGGGCGGCUGCUCAUUGAGUUCAGCUCCCCCAUGACCAUGGAGCGGGUGCAGCGGGAGAACCCCGACGUGCGCCAGGGUGGCAAGUACACCCCCCAGGACUGCCUCCCCCGGCAGAAGGUGGCCAUCCUCAUCCCCUUCCGGCACCGCGAGCACCAUCUCAAGUACUGGCUGCACUACCUGCACCCCAUCUUACGCCGGCAGAAGGUGGCUUACGGCAUCUACAUCAUCAAUCAGUAUGGCGAGGACACCUUCAACCGGGCCAAGCUGCUCAAUGUGGGGUUCCUGGAGGCACUCAAGGAUGACGAGGAGUACGACUGCUUCAUCUUCAGCGAUGUGGACCUCAUUCCCAUGGAUGACCGCAACCUGUAUCGCUGCUAUGAGCAGCCACGGCACUUUGCUGUUGGCAUGGACAAGUUUGGAUUCAGGUUGCCUUACGCUGGCUACUUUGGUGGUGUCUCUGGGCUGAGCAAGUCCCAGUUCCUGAAGAUCAACGGCUUUCCCAACGAGUACUGGGGCUGGGGGGGAGAGGACGAUGACAUCUUUAACCGGAUCUCCCUGAAUGGCAUGAAGGUGUCGAGGCCCGACAUCCGCAUCGGGAGGUACCGCAUGAUCAAGCACGAACGCGACAAACACAAUGAGCCCAACCCGCAAAGAUUCACCAAGAUCCAGAACACCAAAAUGACCAUGAAGCGGGAUGGGAUCAGCUCACUGCAGUACCGGGUGGUGGAGGUCUUGCGCCAGCCCCUGUACACCAACAUCACGGUGGAGAUCGGCAAGCCGCCCCCACGCCUGGCCCGGGGCUAGCGCUUGCCCCCGCGUGCAGAGCUGCGUGGAGCCGACUCUCAGGCCCCCAGGCCCGGAGCAGGGCCCUGCCCUGCGGCCGGCGGCUCUGUGCCUGGGCUGGCUGGACACUGUGGAUUUUGCCCCAGCCUGAGAAUGAAGACUGGAUGGGGAUGUUUUCUGCCUACUCUGCUGCCUUUUGGAGAUGGCUGCACCCAGCCCGCCCUUUGGUACUGAGGAUUUUGCCCUCCUUUUUUCCCCCUCCCCGUCCCCACGAGUGUGUUUCCAGGACGCCCACCCCAUGCUCCCUGUUGGCUGAAGAGCCUGUCUGCCCCACGUGCGGCUCCGGGCACAGAGUGAUGAGACAGCCCCUGCCCUGGCGAGGAGCCCCCUGCCCGCAUCAGCCCCUCCACCGCCCCGGGAAGGCUGGACGAGAUCCUGGCUGCUCCACCCUGCUCGGAGUCCCAGCAGGCGCUGCAAGAAGCGGGGUGCAGGCUUCCCCCUUCUCCCCGCUGGAGACAUCACUGCUCUGGCCGGCGGCAGGAGCAGCCCCAGGCCCCCCCAGGAGGCAGGGAUUGGGGUGGCGGUGCCUCCCCCAGCCCAGCACCGCCUGCGCUGCUCUGCACGCAGACGCGGCUCGCUGUCUUCCUCUGCUUUAGUCUGGUGCUUAGAGCCGGGGCCCCACCUCAGCUCUGCCCAACAGAGACCUCCGGCUAGCAAAUGCCCCUCUCUGUGCCUCAGUUUUCCUGGGGCUGCGGGUGGUCGCCGCAGCCCCCCUCCCUGAAGGCGGACGCUGCGUGCGCGUGCCCCCAGGGAGGCUCCUGCCUCAUGGGGCCAUGGUUACCCCUGUGUGCUGGCCGCGGCCCCCCCUGGCAGGGGCUGACGUGGGGGGGCUGCCCCACAGUUCCUUCUGGCGGCAGCACCCUGGGGGCCGGGCUCGACCUCGGCCCUCGGGCAGCCUCGGGCUCCCCUGCCCGCUGCAGCCCUCUGCGUGGGAGGCGGUGGGAGGAAGGGCCCAGGGGGGCCGGCCAGGGCCCCUGGCACCCCCUAAAGCAGGACAGGAGCAGCCAGCGCCUCGGGGCGGCGAGCAGGGGCAGCAUGCUAGGGCCGGGGGCGCCGGUGACUUUUGUACAUUUGAAUGUCUGACCCUUUUUUUGAGCGUACGUUGAAUGCAGCAUUCGGUCGUAGAGACCAGGGUUUUGUAUUUAAUAAAAGUUUCAAAAGUU